AUGGGAAUGACAAACAUUGCCCUUUUCAUCAUACUACUGAUUCCACAAGGAUAUGCCAAUAAUCAGACCCAAGAUGAAAUUCAAGUUCAAUACAUCUGCCCUCCAAAUUUUCUUAGGCUAGGACAAAGUUGCUAUUAUUUUAGCAGAAGCAUGGCCAACUGGCAUAAUGCACAUUUCGCUUGCCGUGACCGAGGUGGCCAGUUAGCAACACUUGAAUCCCAAUGGGAGGAUAACACAAUUAAGUCUUAUCUCAACAGGACAGAAUUUGCUAGAUUAAAUCGUUGGAUAGGAGGGAUCUACAACUGGCCAAAACAGCAGUGGACAUGGGGUUCUACAGCUGAAGAGAUGCCAUAUCAAGGAUUCCAUAAUUCAGAAAUGUCAGAAUCCUAUCGCUGGCACUGUGUGUUUAUGUCACCUGUUUUCAGUUACCAAUGGAAUCAUACACUGUGUACUGAUGCAAUGCACUACAUUUGUGAAAUGCCUCAAAGCAGAAUCCUUGACCUGACUGGUAUUGUAUAGAGAUAUACUGAAUAGUUAUAAAGGAUCAGACCUAGGUUAAGGGCAUACAGAUAUACAGUGGUACCUCGUUUGCCGAACGUUUCUAAAGUUGAACAUUAUGU